UUGGCCCCUCCGCCUCCUCGCGCUGCCACCAGUUUCCGCGUUUCUGGCAUUUAAGUGCCGCCGCGCGCCCCGCAGCUUCAGUCGCAGCAGCAGGAUGUCCGACCGCGGGACGUUCGACACCAACGUGGUCACCGUGACCCGCUUCGUGAUGGAGGAGGGCCGGAGGGCCAAGGGCACGGGGGAGCUGACCACGCUGCUCAACGCGCUGUGCACGGCGGUGAAGGCCAUCUCCAGCGCCGUGCGCAAGGCCGGGAUCGCGCACCUGUACGGCAUCGCCGGCAGCACCAACGUGACGGGCGACCAGGUGAAGAAGCUGGACAUUCUGUCCAAUGAUCUGGUCAUCAACAUGAUCAAGUCCUCCUUUACUUCCUGCGUUCUGGUGUCUGAGGAAAACGACAAAGCCAUCAUCGUGGAGCCAGAAAAACGGGGGAAAUACAUCGUGUGCUUCGAUCCUCUGGACGGAUCCUCCAACAUCGACUGUCUCGUUUCGAUUGGAACAAUCUUCAGCAUUUACAGGAAGACCACAGACGAUGAGCCGUGUGAAAAAGACGCCCUGCAGCCGGGCAGGAACCUGGUGGCGGCGGGUUACGCCCUGUACGGCAGCGCCACCAUGAUCGUCCUCUCCACCGGCCAGGGAGUCAACUGCUUCAUGCUGGACCCGGCGAUCGGCGAGUUCAUCCUGGUGGAGCGUGACGUGAGGAUCAAGAAACGGGGAAAGAUUUACAGCCUGAACGAAGGUUACGCCAAGGACUUUGAGCCGGCCGUCACCGAGUACCUCCAGAGGAAGAAGUUCCCGCAGGACGGCAGCGAGCCGUACGGAGCGCGCUACAUCGGCUCCAUGGUGGCGGACGUCCACCGGACGCUCAUGUACGGCGGAAUCUUUUUAUACCCAGGAAACGCCAAGAGCCCCAAGGGGAAGCUGCGACUUCUGUACGAGGGCAUCCCCAUGGCCUUCAUCAUGGAGCAGGCGGGGGGCAUGGCCUCCACCGGCUUCGAGAACAUCCUGGACAUCCAGCCGGAGAGCAUCCACCAGCGCGCGCCGGUGGCGAUGGGCUCCCCCGAGGACGUCCUGGAGUACAUCGCCGUCUGUCAGAAGCACGCCAAGAAGUGAAGCCGGACGGCGCCGCCCCCGCAAAGCCAGAGUUUUAUUCACGGCGUUUUAUUCUGAAAGGAUCUUUGUACGGAGCCGACGGGAUGAAGGAUUGAACCAAAACGUCAGAGAAAAUCCAAACCUCUCCUGGACGCAGAGCUGCAGCCACGCCUCCAGGAAACGACCAAAGAAAACGUCUGAGCCACGAAAACCUCGACGGUUCAUGAAGCUUUGAGAGGAAAAGUCUCCAAAAAUAAAUACGUUUCUCCACCAACAUUGAAAGGAA